AUGUCGCAUCACUUCUGUUGUGUAUAUAUAAACAGCGGCACAGAUGGGCGUCUCGUUGCUCUUUGUUCCCUUCCUUUCUCGUUUCACGUUAUGCCUUCUCCUUUCCUCGGAAGAUGGGACUUUGUCAAGUCGGAGAACUUCGAUGAAAUUCUCAAGGCGCUUGACGUCGACCUUGCCUCGAGAGGCCUCGCCAAAUUUGCCAAGCCCGAGAACAUAAUCACCGAGAAUGACGGAGUCUACACCAUCGAGACGAAAGGACUUAGGACCACCAAGUCCACCUUUAAAAUCGGCGAAAAGUUCUCAGAAGAGACGGCGGACGGGCGAAAAGUGGAGUCGCUCGUCCUGGAGGAGGCGCCUAACAAGUGGGUACACACCCAGGACGACUCAAAAAAGACCACCAUCAUCAUCCGCGAGGUUGACGGCGAGAAGAUGAGCAUCGUCGACGAUGUUGAAGCCCACAGGGAGUACAAAAAGCGCGAAUGA